AUGAAUUCCUAUCUUCUUAACAGAGCCCUUGGGUCUCUCUCUCCAAAUGUCUUCCAUGUCGCACAAACCACAAGGCUAGUGCACAACCUGGAGCCUGCGUUGGGGAUUCGAUUCUCCAGCCGCAGAGCCGCAUCCGAGGACCAGAGUCGAGGUGACGCGACGACACCUUUGGAUCAAGAGGAUCCUACGAUAACGGAGGAUGUGGUCGCCCAUAAAUCAGGUGUGAAUUGCCUGGCGAUUGAUCAAUUUGAUGGCCGAUACAUGAUAUCCGGCGGCGCAGAUCCAUCUAUUCACCUGUGGGACCUUGAGAGUCGAGGAUCGGGGCUUGAUCAUAUCCAUCGCGCCCGUGCGACUGUCAGGAAAUCAUCACAUAAAGACGCGCAUACCCACGCCAUUACCUCCCUCUCCAUCUACCCGUUCGACCCAGUCCCGUCCACCAUCUUCUCGACAUCCCAUGAUGGCACAUUGAAGCUCUCUGCGCUGCAGUCGCCCGAAAUCACUCCGGUACAUACAUUCAAUCUCGAUUGUACACCAUAUUCCCACUCUUUCUCCUCUCAACCAGGGUCUACCCUACUUGUCGCGGUCGCUACAUCUGAACAAUCAGUUCGACUAGUCGACCUUCGAUCGGGGUUAGCAACUCAUGGCCUGCCAGGCCACAAUGGCGCCGUAUUAUCAGUUUCGUGGGCUCCCCAUCGGCCGCACUUGCUAGCGUCAGGCUCCGUCGACAAUCGAGUCAUAAUCUUCGAUGUCCGCCGUGGCGGCCACAACUCUGCAAUCGCAACCUUGGACAUGGACGAUCCGGUAGGCCUGGUACUUCCAGGGUCAGGGCCAGUACCGGCAUCUUUCGAGAGCCGGCCAGCAUUCUCCCGCCAUGCACGUGCUCAUAACGGCCCUGUCACUGGCGUGCGCUGGACUUCGAAUGGCAGCCAUAUAGUGACGACGGGGCAAGACUCACGUAUCCGGGUGUGGGAUUCAGGAACUGGUGCAAACACAUUGGUCCAUUUCGGCCCGAGGGUUCGAAAUAGCUCAACCUCCCACUUGGCAGAGCGUGCUCCGCUUCUGAUACCCAAGGGCUUCACGGGCCCCGGGCAGGAGACACUUCUGUGGCCUAAUUUCAACGAGCAAGAUGACCGGGGUGAAAUCUUCAUGUUUGAGCUUCGUGAGGGGACGUUUAUCAAGCGUCUUCGGGUUCCAGGGCUUAUGGGUGGAUCACAGGUGGCGCGUGGCCGGGCGAGUGCCCUCAGUGCUGCACGCAUCAAUGAUUUGAUCUGGCGUGGAAACGGUGCGUCCGGAGAAGGUCUUGAACUGUUCUCUGCUCAUGGCGAUGGAACCAUCCGCACUUGGGUUUCCCGAGAGCCUGAUGGCGAACCCGACGAGAAAGAGGAGGCAGAGAUAGCCGACCGCAAGAGGAAGCGAGAGGUACUAGACGAGCUAUACAAGGGCUUCGUCGGACCCGACGCUGGACUCCAUACUUGA